AUGCACAACACUAUCACCUCUGACCUUCGCUUGCACGGCAAGCUCAUCCACUACCUCACCAAGGCCCUGGCUUUCAUUAUUUGUUUCAUCCUUGUAUGGGCUGGCAGACUUUUCACAGUCCUUGCCAAGUUCUGUAAGGCCGGUUCCAGCAAACUGCGACGCGCACUCGGUGUCGACAACAAGGACACCAUUCCGUUACAUCGUCGUAUGUCGCAGCCAGACAACAGCGACCGCGCACCGCUAUUGGAGGAAGAGCAGGAUAGCGAGGUGGAUAUGGGGGGUUGGGUGGAAAUGUUGCCUUGUGUACCAGCCUGGCCUGUGGACUCCGAUGCGGACGCGCACCUUCGCAGUGCGGCCAUGGAUCGUGAACGCGCCGGCAUUGUUUUUCGGUGCCUCCACUCUUCCAUCCUUCCUUUUGUCACCCGACGUCAUGACCUUGCCACCGUGGCCAACCAGCUGGUCCAACAGGAUGAACUAGCGCCCCUGCCAGCGCUACUUGUUCAUAAUGCCGCUCUUCGAGAGAUCCUCGAGCAUUACUGCCGCAUCAACAACUUGGCUUUCGAGCGAUUCCUCCACCAUCGCUUCCCAGACCCCGUCUACAAAAAGCUCUGCAAACACUAUAAACUUGUCCAGCGUAGCGUGAGCAGGUUGUGA